GAUUGGAAUAGUCUUCCAGAAGGACAAGCAGAAAAUCUUAUUAAUUUGUUGGCCCCGGCCAACCGGUCAGUCGCAGACAAAUCCAAUGGGCCUUCCGUCUUGCCGACAGCCACCUGCGUGUCUAAGGCAGUUUCAUCCUUCGGUGUCAAGGGGGAGGCACUAGCUGGUCUCAUUCUCAAGUCUUCGCAAACCUCCGAACUGCGUGUAGGGCGUGAACCUCAGGCGCAAGUCGUCCAGAUACGUCAAGUGUUGUGCCAAUCUGUUCUGGCUGGACGGUUGCAGCGCACCUGUCACUUGGCAGAGGCUGAUCUUGAUUCUCACUGCGAUCACCUUGCCCCGCUCGACAAAGAGAACGGGCAUCUCGCGAUCGCUUUCGGAUUCCACCAGCUGAGCCGAGUGAAUGAGAGGGAUUGA